AUGGUUAGAAUGCGCUUAAUGGGGCCGCUGUCAUGGGGCCGGGUCAAACGGCCGAGUGUAAUGGGAACAGGAGUCCUUUAUCUGCUGCUGCUAUCAACCUGUCUCGGCCAAGACACAGAAGAUUGGCAAUACGAGGAAUGUAAACUCUCUCGGUCGGGUCCACCUGCUACCAUCGUGGCCAUAGACGAAGAAAGCCCCAACGGAACGUUGUUGGUGCAGAACAUGCAGAUAAAUGGAGUGGCUGAGGGCCCGAAUCGUACCAUCUCUCUGUCUCUAAGGGACAACCAUGACUACUGGGUGAUCCUCGACCCUUCCAAACAAGCCCUUUACCUGAACAGCACCGGACGGGUUCUGGAUAGAGAUCCUCCAUCGUAUAUUCAGUCCAUCGUGGUCCAGGUUCAGUGCACCAACGAGCUGAUAGGCACCGUGAUUUUACACGAGGUCCGCAUUGUUGUUCGAGACCGCAACGACAACGCGCCGCGUUUCCAGCAGCCUCGAUACUACGUCGCCAUCAGCGAGCUGACGCCGGUCGGAACUACCAUCUUCUCUGGUUUCUCUGGGAACAAUGGAGCAACAGACAUCGAUGACGGACCCAACGGACAGAUAGAGUACACCGUCCAGUACAACCCCAAAGACCCAACAGCCAACCGAACCUUUGACAUCCCUCUGACGCUGUUUGGCUCCGUGGUUCUCAGAGAAAGACUCAACUACGAGGAGAUAACACGAUACCUGGUCAUCAUACAAGCAAAUGAUCGAGCUCCGUACCCGAGCGAGCGCCGCACAGCCACCACUACGCUCACCGUGGACGUGCUGGACGGAGAUGACUUGGGUCCCAUGUUUCUGCCGUGUACGCUCGUAGGAAACACCCGUGACUGUAGUCCCAUCACGUACAGGGCUAAUGUGCUGGAGCUGACAGAGCCGAUGAAAGUGAAUCCCCUCAAUGUGACUCCACCCAUACAAGCUGUGGACCAAGACCGGAACAUACAGCCUCCCUCUGACAGACCAGGGAUCUUAUACUCCAUCCUCAUUGGCAAACCGGAGUCCUUUGCUGAUUAUUUCAGCUUGAACAGAACCACAGCGGAGCUCCUGCUACUAAAGCCCAUCGACAGAGAACUCUACCGCAGAUUUGAUCUGGUUAUCAAGGCAGAACAGGACAACGGACACCCCCUGCCAGCUUUUGCCAACCUCCAAAUCGAGGUUCUGGAUGAAAACAACCAGGCACCCUACUUCCUGGAGACCAGUUACCAUGGCUACAUCAGCGAGGCAUCACCGGUGGGAACCACCAUAGCGACCACCACCAGCCUGUCUGCACCACUGGCCAUCGUAGCUCUGGAUAACGAUGUGGAGGAGACCCGGGAUCCUCAGCUGCACUUCUCACUGGACAGUUACUCUCAUCUUUUCUCUGUAUCUGCCACCGGAAUCAGACGAUAUCUCACCCUGGUGCAGCCCUUGGACAGAGAGACGCAAGACUCCUACACAUUCACGCUUUUAGCAUCAGACGGCGUCCAGCAGAGCCUCCCCGUCACCGUGACGAUAGCGGUGUUGGAUGCUAAUGACAACACUCCAACUUUUCCUAAUGUCUCGUAUAACGUCAACCUGUUCACCGACAUGAUGCCUGGAGAAACUGUGUUACAGUUGUCAGCAGUUGACUCCGAUGCAGGUCCGAACGGUCAGGUCACCUACCGGAUCUUGGCUGGGGACCAGGGGCAAUUUCUUAUCAGCAACAGCACCGGGGUCAUUACUGUGGCGCCGGGUGUCGAGCUCACGGUUGGGCGCAGCUACGCUUUGACUGUAGAAGCCAUGGACAACGGCCCUGUACCUCAAAGAAGGUCAUCCAUUACUACGGUCUAUAUUGAAGUUUUGCCCCCAAACAACCAGAGCCCCCCUCGUUUCCCCCGGCAACAAUACAACCUGGAGAUCAGUGAAGCUGUGAGGACGGGAGCCACACUGCUUAAUCUGCAGGCAGUGGAUCGCGAGAGGGACCCCAUAACCUACAAAAUCCACAGCGGAGACGUCCAGGGACAUUUUACACUACAGCAGAAUUCAGGGUAUUUGGUUCUGGACAAUCCUCUGGACAGGGAGUCUCUGGAUUACUAUACCCUGCUGGUCACAGCCUCAGACGGACACCCAGAUGGAACCUCCACUGCGACGGUGAACAUUGUGGUGACAGAUGUUAAUGACAAUGACCCGCUGUUCAAUUCUUCACUGCCUGUGAACCUCACCGUCACCGAGGAGCAGGAUCACGCCUACGUCGGACAAGUCAAGGCUACAGACCCAGAUCUUGGGGCAAGCGGCCAGGUCCAUUAUCGGCUCAUCAACCACCAGAAGCUGUUUUCCAUCAAUGCCACUGGAGCUAUCAGAACGUCUGUGCCGCUGGACAGAGAGGUGAAAGGUCACUACUUUCUCAUCGUUGAAGCCUGGGACGGAGCGGUGGACCCGCGGCGAUCCAGAUUAACUCUCUCCGUCACCGUUCUGGAUGUUGACGACAACAGCCCAGUGUUCACCCAACAGACUUACAACGUCAAUCUAGCAGAGAACAGCCCGAAGGAUACGCUCAUAUUAAAGUUAAAGGCAAUAGACGCUGACCAGAGCUCCAACAUCACAUAUCGAAUCAGAACUGAAGGCUUGGACCAGGAGAUCACUCGGCUUUUCCACAUCAACCCCAUAACGGGGGAGCUGUCAGUUCUCAAGGUUCUGGACUAUGAAGCUCUGACUGACUCAGAACCUACGUACACAUUCACUGUAGAGGCCUUGGACACAGAGGGAAUCAUGCCUCCUGGACUCGCCUCGGUUACUGUCAGAAUAAUGGACAUGAAUGACUUUUCUCCGGUAUUCAGCCAGUCAGUGUACCGAGGCAUGGUUGCCCCUAAUGCUGUCAAGGGAACCAUCGUAACCACAGUGAUGGCCAAUGACUCUGACCCUGCGGGAACUCCAGCAGGUCUGGUGCGCUACAAGGUGGACCAGGAGGCGUUUCCAUACUCUGCCAGUAUUUUUGACGUAGAAGAGCAGACGGGACACGUGGUUACCAGAGUGAACCUUAAUGAGGAGCCCAACCUGAAGUUCAGUCUGGUGGUGGUGGCCUACGAUCACGGUGAGCCUGUAAAGGAGAAUACAACUCUGGUGGAGAUCACAGUCCUUCAGCCGUCUGUUAUUCCCGUGUUCACUCAGGAGGAGUACAGGUUUCUGCCAGUGAGCGAGGAGGCUGCCGUGGGAACCCCGGUGGGAGUCAUCAUGGCAGCCGCUGUCAAUCAAACCAUCGUGUACUCCAUCAUCGAAGGCAACGAGGGAGGCAUGUUUGCAUUAAAUGAAACGACAGGGGUGAUCUCCACAGCCAAGCCCCUGGACUACGAGGCCAAUUCCAGCUACGUUCUGAAGGUGGAAGCGGACUCCAUGAGGGUGGUGUCCUCCAAUCUGCGAGCUCCCUCAAAGACUAACACAGCUAAGGUGGUGAUUGAUGUUCAGGAUGAGAACGACCACCCACCAGUGUUCACCAGAUCUCUUUACAUUGGAGGAGUCGCGGAGGAUGCCAAAACCUUCACCUCCGUCUUGCAAGUGCAGGCUCUGGACAAAGACACUGGUAACUACAGUUCUAUGAUAUACCGGCUCAUCAUUCCCCCUCCUGCUGGUAAAGAUACUAAAGACAGCAAAGACGGCUUUGUCAUCGAGCCGUACAGCGGCGUGGUGAAGACGGCCAUCAUGUACCGCAACAUGAGGAGGUCGUAUUUUAAGUUUGAGGUGGUUGCUACGGACAACUAUGGUCAAGGACACAGCAGCAAGGCGGAGAUAGUGGUGUCAGUCGUGAAUCAGCUGGACAUGCAGGUGGUCGUAUCGAAUGUUCCUCCAACUUUCGUGGAGAAAAACAAAAACAAGCUGCUCAGCAUUUUGGAACGCUACGUCCAGGAGCAGAUACCAGGAGCAAAGGUUGUCGUGGAAACCAUCGGGCCCCAUCGCCAUGGUGAUGGAAUGGAGCAGGAAGACUACACCAAGUCGGACCUCAUGAUUUACGCCAUCGACCCUCUGACGAAUAGAGCCGUAGCGAGACAAGAGCUCUACAAGUUCCUUGAUGGUAAACUGUUGGACAUCAACAAAGAGUUCCAGCCUUUUCUCCCUCCCGGUGGUCGAAUCCUGGAAAUCAGAACCCCUGAAGUGGUGACCAGCGUAAAGAAAGCUGUGCAGAGUGUAGGCUACACGGAGGGCGCGCUGUUGGCUCUGGCAGUUAUUAUUAUCAUCUGCUGCGUCCCCGCCAUACUGAUUGUCAUUAUCACCUAUAGACAAUUCAAAGAGCGUCAGGCAGAGUGUGCCAAAACAGCCCGUAUCCAGAUGGCACUGCCAACAGGCAAACCUGGGGGAGGCACUGCCAACAACCUGUAUGAAGAGCUGGGUGACAACGCCAUGCGUGGAUAUGGACAACACGAGACGCAACAACUUCUCCGACCGUCUCUGCUCAGGCCAGAGGAGUUAUCAAUGGAGUCUGGCAUUGACCCUGGACAGGACUACUACACACAGGAUUAUUACAACUAUGAUCACGGGUAUGACCUUCCUCAGUACGGCAGUCGCAAGAAGCUGAUCUCGCCCUCCGGCCUCUACGAUGAAUAUGGAGAAGUUGUUGUCGAUGACGAUGGAAGCUACUACUACAGCCCACAGGAGUCUGACGGAGAGGUGAGGAGACAGUUUCAAGGAGACAGAUUAGCCCCGCACCCCUCAUACCUUCAGCACCAUCCUCUACCUGUUCCACCCCCGAGAAAGACCCCGGGACCGCCAAAAACCGAGGGCGACAAAAAACAAGAGGCUGUAAACUCUAAACCUAAGAGCUCGAGCGCAGCUGCCAGGUUGAAGGCCGUGAUGAGGAUGAGUACCCUGCUGUCAUCUGCUGGUAAAACAUCCGGACAGCCUCCUGCCAUCCACCCACCGUGGAACAAAGCCAGAAUCGGACCAGUAGAGGAGGAGGGCAGAGGCAGAGAAAGAGCCGAGGAAAGAAAGGCAGAAGGAGAAGAAAGGGGGGUUGAGAAGGGAGAGGCAGGGAGAAGGGAAUACAAACGGGGAGGAAGAGAUGAAGCAAUAGAAAGAGGGAGAGAACAGGAAGGAAGGGGAGAGAUGGAGGCAUGGGGGAGAAGCAACAGAGGUGGCAUUACGAACAAUGGAAUGAGAAAUGCAGUUGGAAACGGCGUCAGGCCAGAGCACAGGGGAGAACUCCCUGGCUUGUUGUCCUCUGGCCGGUCUUUAAGCCUGGACGGCAGCUUGGUCAUCGAUGGGAGUUAUUUCCAGACGUCCAUUGAAGCAAGCAAACCCCCAGCAAUGAAACAAAAGCUGAGCGAGGCCCUCAGUCUUAUCUCCGUAACCAGAAGGCUCCAGGGACCCGCCAGGGUGGGAGAUGAACAGUGGAGCGAUGCGAAAAGCUGGGACAGAGCAGAGGAGAACAGUAGGAAGAUGUAUGGCUCCAUAGGAGAUAUGAGUGUCUCUGCAUCGGUGUCGGAGAGAGACGCAGGAGAGGAGAGGAGGAGGAGGAGGAGGAGGAGGGCGUUUGGAGAGGAGAACAGCUCUUAUGAGGGCUGGUGGAAAAAAGAAAAAAGAUUUCACGACGGCGUCGAGCAAAGCGAUUCGGAAACGGGAAGCGGUAGCAAAGAGUCUCCGUCAGAGUUUAGUCUCUCCGAUGCAAGCAGCCCCACCUCAUCUGUUACAGCAGAGAGAGACAAGACCGAAUCUGAUACAGAAACAGAAAAGACUGAGUCAGACACAGAAAAGGGAGAAGGAAGCCAGGAUGAGGAGGGAGAGGAGUCUGAGAAGGAGUCGGGGUUAGAAAGUGAAGACGAGAGGAGAAAGUCGAGGAGAAGAACAGCAGGGAGACGGCAGGGCAGCAGAAAACGCCGGAUCAAGUUGGUGUUUGACCGAGAGUACGAGACCAGCUCCACCGGCGAGGACAGCCUGCCGGAAACCCAACGCAGCCGCCUGCCCUCCACCCACAACAGCCACGUCAACGUCAACGGAAGCAUCUACGUGGCCCAGAACGGCUCCAUCAUCCGCACCCGACGUUCAGUGAACGCCACAGGCCCCACGCACACCACCACCACCAUCGCCUCCUCCACCACCACGAACAACAACCUCAAAAUCACCUCGCCCAUCUUCAGCUCGCGGCUGGCCAAGCACUUUAAAAAGCUCGACAAAAUGGCCGCCACGCUGGAGGAGAGGGUGCCCCUGAACAGCCCCCGGAUAGCAGCGGACGGCGGGUGCAAGACGCUGCGCACCUUCCAAAGCUCGGGAACGGCCAUGUCCACUUUCUCUAACAGUGACCACACGAAAACGCUGAAUGUGUUUAACACUCGACAAUCCAGUGUUUCUUUAGGGUCGACCAGCACCAGCAACGCGGGCCCUGAGAGCGUAGCUUUGAAAUCAAACCUGCUGAAAGCGGCGCAGGGCAUCGCAGAGCCGCCUCAGAGCGCCGCGGAGAGAGACGAGUUGAAAGAAGACGAGAGGGAGUCGAAGGUAGACGGCAGCGACGACGACGGACUCGUUAUGAGAGAGCCGCUGGAGUGCCCGAGUGACAGAACACAGUCGGACGAGGAAGAACUGUGGAUGGGCCCGUGGAACAGCCUUCACAUACCCAUGACCAAACUCUGA